AUGCAACAAACACUGCACAUUUCGCCUGAGCGCCAUCCUCACUUCUUGCCACAGACACCAAUUCCACAAGCAGCCACGCUCAAGAAUUCCUUCUCACAUUCACCGCGGGGGUUCCAGGCCCAAGACGCUCUCUCAGUUGGUGUGGGCCUGUGCGCAGACGAGGUUGAGCUUCAAGGUAAGAAGCGUACCGUCGAGGAGCUUGAGGAUCUUUUGCGGUGGUCGACACACUCAAGAUGA